AGUCUGUUUGGGAUCAUUUUGGUAUCACAAGCAUUCAAUUCACCAACAACCAAACUACUAUUCAACUGCUUCAUAUUGGAAACUUUUUUCCACAAAACUUUUUAGAAAAUCAUGCAAACCAUGAAGAUCGUCAUUUUGAUCGGAGCCAUUGUCGCCAUGGCAUGUGCUGCACCUGAACCUCUGGUAAAUGCUGGGAAGGCCGUAAGCAAUUCGAUCUCAUCUGUCGAUCAGCCCCCCAAAUCAUCCGCCGAAAAUAUUUUCCUCAAAAUUGCGAACGACGGAAGUCUUGCGUGGUGUGGGGGCUACACGGCACCCCAAUGCAGCAACGCCUGCUACUGGCUGGGCUACCGAUGCUAUCAGUGCACCUCAAGCUCGUGUCGGUGUACGGAUUAUGGGUGCUAGGAAUUUGAGGGAUUUUUUAAAUAUCACCAAGUAUUUUUAUAUGGACUACUAGAUUAGACAAUGAAAUAAACAAUUAUUAUAACGAUACAACACAGUGCUGAAUAUCUACGAAUGUACAGGUUAUCAAAUACACAUAACCCCAAGCUUAGCUACAGAUAUGAGCACGCAACAAUACUUAUUGCAUGAAAUAAAUUCUCAGUGUUUCUAUGAAUGCUAAAAUAACCAUUUUACUGAUGCUAUUCGAAAAAUGAUUGUUCAAUACAAAAAAAAUCUCGCAAGUGUACUGUGACCAGCCAAUCUUUCUAAAUACCAUAAACAAUUUAGAAAGAUAUUCCACAUGUAGUCCAUAGACUUCAAUAAACAUUACUGCAAACAAAUUGCAUGGUUCUAGUAUUCUGGAUAUUACAUUUAUGCAUUUAUGUAUGUGUUAUUGUUAAAUGUAUAAAUGUGCCACAAGUGAGUACAGCAAGCCAAGUAUACAUACGUACAUAUAUCCAUUGGUUUCAACUAACAAUAAAUAUAAGCCAAUCCAAAUCACGUUUUAUUAAAAAGACCUUGCACGACAAGUUCUUGUAUGCUAAAAAAGCAUCACACGUGCAGAUGAUGUGUUUAAUCUUCUUUAGUUCAGUCUCUCCAUAAGACUAUUUGAAUUAUCGUUCAAAAAAAUGUCAUACAAAAUCCAACCGGUUUCAAAACCCGUCUUGUUCGGAGAAUCUCCGCUCUGGGAUAAUCGUCGACAACAAUUAGUUUUCACAAAUGCUUUCGGCAAAUCUGUCUCAAUAUUUGAUCCACUUUCUGAAGAAAUUGCGUCAAAAGAAGUCAAAAUAGAGAAUGAAGAAUUUCCUUGGAUUGUAGUAUCUAUGCCGUAUUCGUCGUCAACUACGAAAUUUUUAGUCGCAUUGUCAACCGGCAAACUGGUUGAAUUUGACUGGGAUUUAGGUGUGACCAAAAUAUUGUACAGUUGUGAGAAUAAUGACAACUUGUCAUUUUUGGAGGAUGGAAAAUGCGACUCGCAAGGCAGAUAUUGGACUGGGAUUGCGAAAUUUGUGGAUAUGAGGAUGGCGGAGCUGGAUGAGGGGAAAGGAUCCAUUUUCAGUCUCUCUGGGAACCUUGGUUAUAAAUUAGCAGAAGAAAACUACACUGUUCCAAAUGGUCUCGGAUGGAACAAAGAGGGGACAAAGCUCUUUUGGAAUGAUUUGACUCGAAGGGUGACAAACGUGUUUGAUUUUGAUGUGCAGUCAGGACAAUUGUCAAAUAGGAAAAUUUUGCUGGACUACAAAAACAACCCUCAACUUGAGGGUUCUUUUCCCGACGGAUUGUGCACCGAUGUCAAUGGAAAUGUCUGGAUUGCUAAUUGGAAAGGGAAAAGUGUGGUUAAAGUUGAUGGAGAAACGGGUACCCUGCUGGACACAAUUACUCUGCCGACGACGAACGUGACCUCUCUCUGCUUUGGUGGACCUAACUAUGACUCGAUGUAUGUGACCACAACGUCAAUAAAUUUGGACUUGACCACCGUUCAAGGGGAACCCGAUGCCGGAAAAUUGUUCAGAAUUCUAAAUCCACGGGAUAAUAGCUUUAAAGGGGUGCAAGAGAGUUUCUUUGCUUUAUAAAUAAAUCGAAGGAAUACAAGAGUUCAAAUAUUGUUAAAUUAUGAAUAGUUAAAAGUGUGAAUCUGAAAUAAAUAACUGUAAAUUGGUCCUCUUCAAAGUUUAACUUUAAUAAAUAGUGUGAUUAAUGUUUGUAUGUA